GUUUCCGAUGGGCGGACACACUUGAGCCGCUUCGUUUCCAAGCCUACCACGCACUCCCACGCUGGAAAGUGGGCCCCCGAAAAUUCUACUCUGACAGAAACACGUGAACCGGAGCCUUUCAAGGGGGCCACAAAGGUGGGGCUAUGGAGGUGACCGACUUAAUUGGCGGGAGUGGCAACUACCAGAACAUGUUGCUGCUGCUUGCCAUGUACCGGGGCAUGAUGCUGGCAAUCAACAAUUUGUGCGCCUCGUUCCUCUUCCCCGACGUGGACCACUGGUGUGCACGGCCGCCGGAAUAUGCUGAGUGGUCCGUAGAAGAUUGGAAAAGGGCUGCCAUACCACGUGCAAGUUCUGGUACCGGAUAUGAUUCGUGUACGCACUACGCCAUUACAGACUACGGUGUCUUCGACAACAGUUCAGUUGUUUCCUGCAGUUCAUGGGAGUAUGACCGCUCCAAGUUCUGGCCGUCUGGCACUGAAAUGUGGAACCUGGUGUGUGGUUCUGCCUGGAUGAACGCAUUGCCCCAGAGCAGCUACAUGGCCGGCUUAACAGCAGCUUUUGCCGUUCUUGGUCCACUAUCGGACAUGUACGGCCGGCGGCCAGUUAUGCUUGGUGGCAUUCUGAGCUACAUAAUACUAGGUUACCUCCUGGCCUUGACCUCCGCUCUCUGGUUAUUCUGCGUGCUGCGCUUCUUCAUUGCCAUUGCUGUAGCCGCGGCGAACAACAGCAUGACGCUCUAUGUUGAAAGUGUUGGCCCAAACCACCGAGCACUAUCCAUGGUGGCGUACGGCGUCUUCUGGGGCGUGGGAAUCAUGGCGCUGGCUGGCCUUGUUCUUAUAUUGCCGAAAUGGCAGACCCAGCUCGUCAUCUUCGCCACCCUGUACUUUUUUCCACUGGUGCUUUGGAGCUACAUAGUGGAGUCGCCAAAAUGGCUUUUGACCGUCGGAAAGUACAAAGAGGCCGAUGAAGCCAUCAGGAAGAUCGCCAAUAUCAAUGGCCGCAAGGACAUCACCGAGGAAGACCUAAGCAGGCUGAGGAAUAAGUACAAGGAGCAACACAGGAAUCGGGAAGCGAAAGGCUGGGCUGGAAUCAAAGCCCUGUUCACUUCAAGAACAAUGAUAAAUUUUACAGCGACCAACGCCAUAUUUCAGUUGUGCACAGCUCUUGUACGGUACCAACUGGCACUUGACACAGGGCUGCUGCCGAUAAAUCCGUACUACAACUUCCUCAUCGGUGGGUCCAUCGAGGUGGUGAGCGGAGUUGCGUGCCUGUUCAUCCUGUGGUACCUUCCCCGAAAGUGCUCAACUAUCGUAUUUAUGGUAUCCACCAUGGCCUCUUACGUCCUCCACGCCUGUUUACCAAAAGAGUACAACAUCACGGAAAGUAUACUAAUGCUUGCCGGUCGGCUGUGCAUUGGAAAUGUGAUUAACAUCAACAUAAUCUACCUGAGCGAGGUGUUUCCCACCAAUGUCCGGGCUCUUGCUACCGGAGUUGCUCAGACCAUAUUUGGAGUCGGAGGUGUCAUCCAGCCAUUUCUUAAUCAGCCUUUCAACCAUGGAACCUGGGAUGCCGUCUUCUACGCGAUUGUCAUGUUGCUCGCGACACUGGUGGUGUUCCCCUGGCCAGAAACCAAAGGCCGGCCGCUGCCGGAUUUCGUGGAAAACAUCGAGGCUUCAGCAAGUUCGAGCACCUCCGGAUCGUUUGCAAACAACAGCAAUGACACCGGGGACAUUGUGUUGCAUUUUAACCCUGCAUACAAUGACAACCAAGAGGGUGCCAGUGUGGGUGCGGUCGACACGAACAAGUAUUGGAACAGCUUAAGCGAGUACACAUCGACAGCAAUUACUAUGGAGGUACCCUCAUUCGAUCAGGGAAGCGGUGUGUGGCGAAGCUCAAGUGUAAAUACAGCUUCUAGAAGGGGGGGUGCUACUAAUGUCGGACUUAAGCGCGAGCACACUCUCUGAGCGGUGUCAUCUUUCCAGAAUCUUUUGACAGAAGCGUGAUAGUGACGCAGGCAGAAGCUGAAGCUUGUCCUUCUUUUUUUCAUGCCAUUUAUUUUCACUCUUGCACUUUAAACCGCCAUGGGUUCAGUUUACGUGCAUGUCCUGAAUACAUUGUAAAGCGAAGAUUUCGUCCUGGAAGACCACUUUUUCGAUUACCACAGAAAUCGUGGUAUUCUCCACCCAUGGCUAUUUAGACUGGGACCCAAUUACAAAUUUGGUUUCAAUUUGUUUCGAACACUCGCAAUGAAAUGUACGUGAAUGUCCUUUCUAAGUGAAUUUUUCGCUGCCUGUCUGCCCAACUACAUUAUCUUAAUCACUCUCCGCUAUCUUUUGAGUACCAUGUCUUUUUAUUUUUGAGGCGUAUGUAUGAAGCUUGUUUUCACUUUUACACUUAGCGAGAGUGCUUCCGACGGAAGCGUGACGUUCAUCAGUCAUUGCGCUUUUUUUUUUAACUUUUACUGCAGUCGUUUUGCACGAGAAUCAUUUUGAUGUUAAUAUAGCCCACCUUCCGCGCUAAUAUGUGGGGAUGUCACUGAAAAGCCAGUCCUUCGCUGCAGCUAUUAAACAUUGUACCCAUCUUCGCCUUCC